CGACGGCCGGGGGAGCGCGCACCGGAAAGUUCGGCCCCGGCGGCCGCGCGCGCCUGUCUCGCGGCGCUGGGGUAGAGGAACUUGCCCUCCGCGCGGCUCGAGCUGCAAGCGUUUCCCAACGAGAGCGGGCCGAGCGCUCCGAGCGCGCAGCGGCCAGGGGUGGGGAGCGAGGCGGCUGGCGGAGGGCGCUGAGGGAGCGCGGCCGCCACGGGCCCCCAUGCCGGCGGCCAACAUGCUGGAGAACCUGCAGCCGCCCGCCCUGCAGGUGCCCGAGCCCCAGGGCGCGCCCGAGGGCAGCCCGCUCUGGUCCAGCUCGUCCACCCCCACGCUCCGCCGCCGACGCUUCAAGAUGCGCCGCAUGAAGAACGUGCAGGAGCAGAGCCUGGAGGCCGGGCUGACCCGGGACCUGCCCGGCGUCCUGGCCCCGGGCAAGGAGUUCCUGCAGCUGCCGUCCAUCGAGAUCACGCCCUCCAGCGACGAGGACACCCCGUGGUCCAACUGCUCCACACCCAGUGCUUCUCCUCGCCGCAAGCGCUUCCUCCUCCGCAAGUGGCUCAGGGUGAGGGAGCGGAAGGAGUGCAGUGAAAGCAGCAGCCAGCAGAGCAGCCAGCAGAGCAGCCACGAUGAUGAUUCGAGCAGGUUCCUGAGCCCUCGAGCACGAGAGGAAAGCACUGCCAGUAACUCAAACCGCAGCACGCCGGCCUGCUCCCCCAUCCUCCGGAAACGGUCUCGCUCGCCAACCCCGCAGAGCCCGGACGGAGACACCAUGGUGGAGAAGGGCUCAGAUCACUCCUCGGACAAGUCCCCGUCCACGCCCGAGCAGGGUGUGCAGCGCAGCUGCUCCUCACAGUCUGGCCGGAGUGGCGGCAAAAAUUCCAAGAAAAGCCAGAGUUGGUAUAAUGUGUUAAGCCCAACUUACAAGCAGAGAAAUGAAGACUUCAGAAAGCUCUUUAAGCAACUUCCAGACACGGAGCGCCUCAUUGUUGAUUACUCAUGUGCACUCCAAAGAGACAUUCUCCUCCAGGGCCGACUCUACCUCUCUGAAAACUGGAUUUGCUUCUACAGCAACAUCUUCCGCUGGGAAACACUGCUGACUGUCCGUUUGAAAGACAUCUGCUCCAUGACUAAAGAGAAAACAGCUCGCCUCAUUCCCAAUGCCAUUCAAGUUUGCACUGACUCAGAAAAGCACUUUUUCACUUCAUUUGGGGCCCGGGAUAGGACAUACAUGAUGAUGUUCCGGCUCUGGCAGAAUGCACUCCUUGAAAAGCCCCUGUGCCCCAAGGAGCUCUGGCACUUCGUUCACCAGUGCUACGGGAAUGAGUUGGGCCUUACCAGUGACGAUGAGGACUACGUGCCCCCUGAUGAUGACUUCAACACGAUGGGCUACUGUGAAGAGAUCCCCGUGGAAGAGAACGAAGUGAAUGACAGCUCGUCCAAAAGCAGCAUCGAGACCAAGCCCGAUGCCAGUCCCCAGCUACCCAAGAAAUCCAUCACCAACAGCACACUGACUUCCACGGGAAGCAGCGAAGCCCCUGUCUCGUUCGAUGGCCUGCCCCUGGAGGAGGAGGUGCUGGAGGGCGAAGGGUCCUUGGAGAAGGAGCUUGCCAUUGACAACAUCAUCGGGGAGAAGAUUGAGAUCAUUGCGCCUGUGACCUCCCCUUCGCUGGACUUCAAUGACAAUGAGGACAUCCCCACUGAGCUCAGUGACUCUUCUGACACCCACGAUGAAGGGGAGGUCCAGGCCUUCUACGAGGACCUGAGCGGCCGGCAGUACGUGAACGAGGUGUUCAACUUCAGCGUGGACAAGCUCUACGACCUGCUGUUCACCGACUCGCCCUUCCAGCGGGACUUCAUGGAGCAGCGGCGCUUCUCCGAUAUCAUCUUCCAUCCAUGGAAGAAGGAAGAGAACGGAAACCAGAGCCGAGUCAUUCUCUACACCAUCACCCUUACCAACCCUCUGGCUCCUAAAACGGCCACCGUCAGGGAGACGCAGACCAUGUACCAGGCGAGCCAGGAGAGCGAGUGUUACGUGAUAGACGCCGAGGUCCUCACGCACGACGUGCCCUACCACGACUACUUCUAUACCAUCAAUCGCUACACUCUCACCCGCGUGGCCCGGAACAAGAGUCGACUCAGGGUCUCCACAGAGCUGCGCUAUCGCAAACAGCCCUGGGGGUUGGUGAAAACUUUCAUCGAGAAGAACUUCUGGAGUGGGCUGGAGGACUACUUCCGCCACCUAGAGAGCGAGCUGACCAAAACGGAGAGCACCUACCUGGCUGAGAUGCACAGACAGUCUCCCAAAGAGAAGACCAGCAAGGCCCCGACGGUGCGGAGGAGGAAGCGUCCCCAUGCCCACCUGCGGGUGCCUCACCUGGAAGAGGUGAUGAGCCCUGUCACCACACCCACUGAUGAAGAUGUGGGCCACAGGAUCAAACACGUGGCAGGUUCCACGCAGACACGGCAUAUCCCCGAGGACACCCCUAACGGUUUCCACCUGCAGAGCGUGUCCAAGCUGCUGCUGGUUAUCAGCUGUGUUCUGGUGCUGCUGGUCAUCCUUAACAUGAUGCUUUUUUACAAACUCUGGAUGUUGGAAUACACCACCCAGACCCUCACUGCCUGGCAGGGUCUGAGGCUCCAAGAAAGGUUACCCCAAUCUCAGACAGAAUGGGCCCAGCUCUUGGAGUCCCAACAAAAGUACCAUGAUACAGAGCUCCAGAAAUGGAGGGAGAUCAUCAAAUCCUCUGUGAUGCUUCUUGACCAGAUGAAGGACUCUCUCAUCAAUCUUCAGAACGGCAUCAGGUCCCGCGACUACACAUCAGAAAGCGAAGAGAAGAGGAACCGCUAUCACUAACAAGGCAGGAACAAGGGUGGCUGCAAGAGGCCCGUGCAAUACAUGUACAUAGACCAUAUAAAUAGAUAUAUAUAAAUAUAUAUAUAUACAGAA